AUGGCUCCUCCCAGCGUGUUGAUGGUGGGAACUGGAGAGUACACCACUGGCUAUGUCGGUGGUGCAGCAUCAGGUUCCGACAAGAAAGUGGGAGUCGUCGGAUUGACCUUUUUUGAUCUCCGUCGACGAGGAAAAGUUGGCGAUCUGAGCAUGGUUGGAGUUUCUGGCUCCAAAUUCCCUGGAAUCCGUGAUCAUCUCCGCAAAAACAUUUCUGACGUCUACAACGGCCUGGAUGUCUCGUUCCAAUCCUUCCCAGCAGACGACAAAGUCGACCCCGACGCCUAUAAAGCGGCCAUUGAUGCCCUCCCAGCAGGCUCGGCCAUCACCAUCUUCACCCCAGAUCCCACCCACUACCCCAUCGCUCUCUACGCCAUCCAGCGAAAGAUCCACGUCCUCAUCACCAAGCCCGCCACCAAGCUCCUUUUCGACCACCUGGCCCUUCUCGAAGAGUCCCGGAAACACGGCGUCUUCGUCUUCAUCGAGCACCACAAGCGGUUCGACCCAGCCUACGCAGAUGCCCGCGCCAAAGCCCGCAACCUGGGCGACUUCAACUACUUCUACAGCUACAUGAGCCAGCCCAAGAGUCAGUUGGAGACGUUCAAGGCCUGGGCCGGCAAGGAUAGUGAUAUCUCCUACUACCUCAACUCCCACCACAUCGAUAUCUGCGAAAGUAUGGUUCCCGAGUACAACCCCGUGCGUGUCACUGCGUCCGCCUCCCAAGGAGCUGCCGCUGCGCUGGGAUGCACUCCCGAAACAGAAGAUACCAUCACCCUGCUCGUGGAGUGGAGAAGAAAGGACGAUCCAACUAAGAUCGCUACCGGCGUGUAUACCGCUAGUUGGACGGCUCCCCAGAAGGCGGGUGUCCACUCCAACCAGUACUUCCACUACAUGGGUUCCAAGGGCGAAGUCCGCAUCAACCAAGCCAAGCGCAGCUACGACGUCACCGACGACGAACAAGGACUGAUUUGGGUGAACCCCUUCUACAUGCGCUACGCUCCCGACGAAGAAGGCAACUUUGCCGGCCAGACUGGCUAUGGUUAUAUCAGCUUUGAAAAAUUCAUAGAUGCCGUAACAGCCGUCAAUGAAGGCAGAGUGACGCUAGACCAGCUCGAUGCCCGGCCUCUGCCAACACUCAAGAACACCAUCGCCACCACUGCUAUUUUGAAUGCAGGCCGGGUCUCGCUGGACGAGAAGCGGCCGGUGGAGAUUGUGAAUGAGAAUGGAAAAUGGGAGCUGAAGUAA